AUGUCUUCAAAUAAUUUUUUCAAAGCAAGAACUAUACUGGCUCCCACGUUGGACAUCGCUGAAGAGGUCAACAACUAUCUGAUGACUAUCAUUCCUGGAGGCAAAAAAUUAUAUCUUAGUUCGGAUUCAAUUUGUAUAGAUGAAGGGAAUAUGGAAAGUCAACUAGAUCUUUAUGAUCCUGAAUUACUGAAUAGCAUAAAUUACUCUGGUUUACCUCUACAUAAAUUGAUACUUAAGGUUGGUGUUCCUAUGAUGUUACUAAGGAAUAUUGACCAAUCCAGUGGUCUUUAUAAUGGUACAAGGCUACAAGUUAAAAAGCUUGAAAAUCAUGUCAUAGAAUGUGAAGUCUUAAUAGGUAACAAUGUUGGUCAUAUUGCUUUGAUUCCAAAAAUGAAUAUAUGGUACCAACAAAUAAAACUGUCCCAAUUAGAUUUUAACAAAGACAGUUUUCCGUAA